AUGAAGAUGAGAACGUCCCUCUUUUGUGCGCUUCAGGGCCUCGGGGUCGUAGCCCACGAAUCCCUUGCCUACUUCAAAGCCGAUCACUCCAAGGGAGGCCACCGGUAUCUCGACGGAUGUGGAAAGGCUGGCAAGGGUAAUUGGGUUCCCGACCCAGCGACCUUUGUCUUACCGCAGAACAAUUUCAAACCCAGUGACCACUGGGGUCUCUGUGCUGAUGGACACGACUGCGCCCCUCACGAGGCGACAGGCAAGGUCUACUUCGACUUCCAAGACGAUGGAUUAGUCUUCAACUUUGAGGGCAUCGAUCACUACAAGUACGAAGACGUCAGCAUCUACGUCGAGCGAGCCCGCCCCCCGCAUGCUCACUCGACCAAGUACAACAAGAACAGCGACCACUGCAAGGCCAAGAACAACUACAAGGAGGUCAAGUGCCAUAUCCCGUACUUCUCUCUGACCGAUGGCGGUUCCUACGACAAGAUGUGCCCCCUCAAGGGUGAGGGUGGCUGGCGAUUCUACAUCAAGAUCAAGGCUACGAUUGUUCACGGCGAUAAGCGAUUUGAGCUUUACAACCGCGAGUCCACCAACGGCGAGAAGUACUUUUCUCUCAGCUACACCUGUGCCAAGUGCAGACACCACAAGCACGAUCCUAAGAUCGAGCUAAUCAACGCUGCCAGCCGCCGCGAUGAGGGCUCCGAGCAUAAGCACCAUGGCGGCAUCAUGGCCACCACCACGGCCACCAUCACAAGGAGCACCAUGAUCACAAUGAGCACCAUCACCACAAGGAGCACCACGAUCAUAAGGAGCACCACGGCCACAAGCAUGGACAUUAUCACAAGGAGCACCAUGACCACAAGGAGCAUCACGACCAUAAGCACGGCCACGAUCACAAGGAGCACCACCUCCACAAGGAGCACCAUGGACACAAGCACCAUCAUGAAGAGCAUCACCACCACAAGGAGCAUCAUGAUCACAAGCAUGGUCACGGCCACCAUCACGGUCACAAGCAUAAGGAGAUCCACCAUGCCGAACAUCAUCAUGAGCACCACCAUAAGCACCACCAUGAUCAUGGCCACCGCCAUUCUCAUGGCCACAAGCACGGUCACGGUCAUCACCACGGUCAUCAUCACGGUCAUCACCAUGGCCAUGUCCACGAUCAUAAGGAGCACCACGGCCACCAUCACGGCCACCACCAUGGUCAUCAUCAUGGACAUCACCACGGUCAUGAGCAUCACAAUAAGCAUCAUCACGGCCACCACCAUGGCCAUGGCCACGAGCAUGGACACCACCACGGUCACAAGCAUGGACAUCAUCACGGUCAUCAUCAUGAUAACAAGCAUGGUCAUCACCACGAGGGUUACCACCACGGCCACCACCACCACGGAGGCCUUCACCAGCGUGAUGCCGGCUUUUCUCACAACUAUGGUCUAA